CGCCGCCAACAUGACUAUCAACCCUACCUACCUUGCCCAGCGCACGCGCUCGUCGGUUAACUGGCCUGAUGCGAAGAGGAGGGUCCUUCACAGUUACCGGGAGUGGCUGCGGUCGGCUCCCGAAAUCCAGACUAUGUACUCGCUCAACCUUCCAGUUUCUACAAUUCGCACGAAGAUGCGCCAGGAGUUCGAGCGACAUCGAUAUGUGAAACAGAUGCAGACAGUAGACGUCUUGCUCUUCAACAGUCACCAAGAGUAUCAGGAAACCUUGAACUUCUGGAAGCAGUUGAACCACGUCCUGAAGUACUUCCGCGCGGAAGAGGAGCCAAAGGCAAGGUUGCCGAAUAACUUCAUCAACGGCUUCUUGGAGGGACGCAACUAA